UUGUAGGACGAGUUGUAUGGCAUGCGGCAGAAAAAACUUAGCGACUGACAGUUUUGGAUGUUCAGGUCCGCCUUUUUGCUGCAGGCAGCUUAUUAGUCGAAGUCGGUCGAAACUAACCUUUAGUCUGAACAAUACAAUAACCUAUCAAAGAAGGCAACGAAAUGAUUGCUUUGAACAACUGAGAGCUGUACAGAAUUGUUUUAUUUAUAUCAGUGUGAAAAAUACAUCGAAUCGAUAACAUCGCUCCACAAUAAAAGAAAAAUAAAAUUUUCAAAAGCUUUAAACUUAAUCCUUAAGAUGACAGGACGCGGAAAGGGAGGAAAAGGAUCGGGAAAAGGAGGCGCCAAACGACACCGUAAGGUCCUGCGAGAUAACAUCCAUGGUAUUACUAAGCCGGCCAUUCGCCGUCUGGCCCGUCGUGGUGGCGUCAAACGUAUAUCUGGGUUGAUCUAUGAAAAAAUCCGUGGCGUACCUUCAGUAUUCUUGGAAAACGUCAUCCGUGAUGCUGUUACUUACACUGAGCAUGCGAAGCGUAAGACCGCCACUGCAACGGACAUGGUAUACGCCUUGAAGCGCCAGGGACGCACCCUGUAUGGUUUUGGCGGUUAAAAUCGUAAAUUUUCAAAGUAUGACUGUCGUACGAUUGGACUUAAUCGGAAUACUUAUAACGAACCCAUUUAAUACACGACCUACCUAAUCUUAAAUACAUGAGCAAAUCUAUGCAGUACCAAAUACGAUAUGUAUUGACAGCAAAAUAUUUCACUAUUAUAAACUUAAAUGCAUUACGUAUGACACUUGCAACUUUCUUGUAUAUAGAAUGUAAUUACACAUUGCACUAAAAGAUCUAUAGACCCCAAACAUCAAAAUGCUAAUAAAUCAUGUAUGAAAGGCGCAAAA